GCUUCUCUGUUUUCCCGCUAGCUUGUUUAGCUUUCACAACCAUGUCAAAAGUUUCAUUUUUACAAAGUUCAUCUGGAAGUCAAGUUAACCCAAGUUUUGGCUCGGAUUUGGAAAGAUGAAAAGUUCAAGAGUAAUAUUGCUGACGGUGCAUGUUGCAUUGUUUUGCGAAUCAGUUUUAGUGUUUGGAUUUAAUGUUGAUGUGGAUGAUCCAAGAAUUUUCCGAGGACCGGCAAAAUCUCUUUUUGGCUUCUCAGUCCUGAGUCAUCACACGGGCAGCGGUGAUUGGAUUUUAGUUGGAUCUCCUAACAGCACAUCAGAAUGCCAAAAGGAGAAGCUAGCAGGUCCCUCCGGAGCACUCUACAAGUGUCCGUUAUUAUCAUCAGACGAUAUCUGCCAACAAAUUUGUGUUGAUGAUCAGGGAAACAGAAACUUUAGCUUGCCUUACAGAGGCGUUGUGGAGGAAAAAGUCAGCCAGUUUCUUGGAAUGUCGCUGAUCAGCCAACCUGGACCUACUGGCAUGAUGGACAAGAUUGUGGUUUGUGGUCAUCUUCGAGCUAACACAUACUUGGUUUAUUCUUAUGCAAAUUCCUACGCUGGAGUAUGUUACAAUGUCGAAAUGAAUUCCACUCUAGAAAUUCAAUCUGUGGAGCAGAUACAGCCAUGUCUUUCAGAAAGUGGUAACUGGUUUUGGUGUAUGGCUGGAGCUAGUGCCCACUAUGCUGUGGAUGGGGAGACUCUAAUGCUAGGUGCACCAGGAGCAUUCUACUUUAGAGGUUCUGUAAUUACCCAGCGAGGAUCUCAGACAGUUUUCUACCAACAAUCUAUGUGGAAUUUUCCAAGUGAAUUUCACCAAUACCCUUCGUUAGGCUACUCCUUGACCUCGGGUCAUUUCUCCAGCCCACUGGCUGUAGAGGGAGUCACAGGUGCGCCAAGAUACGCAGAUUUAGGACGUGUCUAUAUCUUUGAUUUGCAUGAAAGAGCGGUCACCAGGGAACUUACAGGGGAACCGGUAAAUACAUACUUUGGUGCCAGCGUGGAGGCCGUUGAUCUCAAUAAUGAUGGAUAUUCAGAUCUUUUGGUUGGAGCUCCUAAUUAUGCAAAGAAGCAAGAUGAAGGAUGUGUCUACGUCUACAUCAAUGAGAUGGGUGAUUUACAGCUUCAAGUUAAACUCCAUGGAUCAAAUGCCAUAGGGGCACGCUUUGGUUCAACAAUCAAGAAUGUUGGUGACUUGAACAAAGACGGUUAUAAAGAUGUUGCCAUUGGCGCACCGUAUGAAGAUGAAAGCUUUGGAGCUGUCUACAUUUAUCAUGGGACAAGUUUUGGCAUCAACUCAAAAUACUCACAGCGGAUAUCAGGAAGAAGGUUUGGCGUAACAAGUUUUGGGACGUCCCUCUCUGGCGCUCAGGAUCUGGAUGGGAAUGAGUAUCCAGAUUUAGUUGUGGGAGCUCCUCAAAAUGACUCAGUUGUCUACCUUAGGUCUCACCCUAUUAUCAACAUGCAAGCCAGCAUGACGAUAUAUCCCAGCGUUAUCAUUAAACAAAGCACAGACCCAACCAACGUGCCUGAAGUCAGUGUCUUUGUGUGUUUCACCUAUAGUGGCAUCAAUGUGGGUGCCAGUCAAGCUUUUGACUAUUCUUUGGAAGUAGACUACCAAGUGUCAUCGAUCCUUUCAUCUCGGGUUAAUUUUGUCUCUUCAUCGACCGCCACGUUGGAACGCGUACAGACUCUACGUCAUAGUGUGGAACAUUGCAAUAAUCAUACACUGGUUCUCAAGAAAAAUGUCAAAGAUCUGCUGAGUCCAAUUCCUGUCCGUUUAUCCUUCUCUUUUGCUGACAAUUCCUCUUCAUUUGCACCGACUCUAAACCCAGCAACUUCAGAAAGAAUUACUAAAGAGAUUGGUUUUGGUCGAAGCUGUGGAGAUGACGAUACCUGCCAGACUGAUCUACAACUUGUUCAGAACUUCAGUCAACUGGACAGUGGUCUUGAUGUGAUAUAUCUCGGCGGUGAUUCUAGUAUUAGUAUUACUGCUGAGGUAGUUAAUAAUGGAGAGGAAGCUCAUCAAGCUAAACUCAUCAUUAAUCACCCGAGGACUGUAGUCUUUGAAGGAGCUUUGACUCUAGAGAGUACCGAUGGUUUGAAUGUCAAGUGUGUGCCUUUGUAUGACGAUGAGGUUCCGUUCAUAGAAUGCAAUAUUGGUAAUCCGAUGACUGCUCAAGCAAAGGUGAUGUUGAAGAUUCGUCUUGACAUCAGUGCGUUGGCAGCAAGUGCCACAGAAUUGAAUAUCUCUUUAACCAUAUCAACAAACAGUGAAGAAGUCAUUAUGGAGAACAAUAAUGCUUUUGUUAGUGUACCUGUCAAUAUACUAGCAGAUAUAAUGGUCAAUGGAGCAUCAACCCCAGCACAGCUAGUGUAUAAAGAAGACAAAGAUGUAUCAUCGUCUCACCAAUACUUAAAUUCCGUCUUAAAAGUCAUCAAACACCUCUCCGAUACUAGAGAUACAACAUCAUCAAAUCAAGAUGGCUCUGGUAUGGGUUCUGGCGCUGUGCAAAUAGAUCUUCAAGAUCAGGCGUUGGGCUUCACGACCCCAAGCCCCCCUGGCGUAGGACUCUCUCCUAAACCAGACAAACCUCUCGUUAGCGAAACUGUGAUUGGACCAUCAUUCAGCCAUCAGUUUGAGGUUGUUAACAUUGGUCCAAGUCGUAUCCCCUACAGUAGUCAGGUGAACAUCUCCAUCCCAUGGAGAACGCAGUCCGGUGAUUGGUUGAUCUUCAUUACUCAGAUCCAGGGAAGGGAUGGUAUUGAAGCGUGUGACACUGCGAGUAUUCUAGAGCAACAACAUCGAGACAUCUUAGAUCACUAUAAACCCAAACUGAAGGACGGAUUGGACAUACACGAUGAAGAUGAACAACAACUCAAGGACAUGAAUCCAAGAACAAGAUUUGACUGUGUGUCAGCGGAGUGUAUUACGAUCCAUUGCCGUGUACAACCAAUGCUGCCUACAGCUAGUGCAGUAAUUCAACUUCAAGGAAGACUGUGGAAACAUUCAUUCCUAAAAUCUAGAUACGGAUUAACAUCAAUCAUAUCAGAUGUUAAAGUCCAAAUUAACAAUCCUCAAGAUCUAUUGUCUCAGCCUGAAAACCACAAACCAGAUAAAGCAUUGAUAACUUUGACUGUAUCCAGAGAGAAGAUUGAAGCAGGUGAGAUUCCUCUAGCCGAUUGGGUUAUCCCAGUCAGUGUAGGUCUUGGAGUCUUACUGCUAGCAGCAGUCGUGCUUGGAAUGGCUAAGUUUGGAUUUUUCCGUCGCAACACAGUUGCCAAGAUGAAGAAAAAACUUAAUGAGGAAGCUGAUGAUAAACAAGAGAUUAAAGAUGAAGAGAAAGAUGAACCUAUGAUGACCUAGUUCUAUUAAGGCCAUGGUUGCGUUAGUAUCGGAGGUUUUCAUUUUACUUAGCAAAGAAAGAAGAUGCAUUGAUGACAAGACUAAUCUAGGCCAAAAUAAACUAAAUAAGUGAUGUAAGGGGUUGAACAAAGACAAGUUGACCAUCAAGAGCAGGAUUUGAACUGACAAUCUCCGGAUUAAAGGGCAAUUGAUGCAAAGAAAUAGUUGGACAUUGGAAGUGUCGAGGCGCAGCGGUUAAGAGCACCAAAUUCAAACUCUGGUGUUUCUGAUCAGCCUAGUGUGGGUUCGAGUCCCAGUCGUGAAACUUGUAUCCCUGAGCAAGACACUUAACCAUUGAUUCGUCCUUCGGAUGGGACUAAAAGACUUUGGUCCCAUAUGUUGUUUAAUGCAUGUAAAAGAACCAAGUGCACUUAUCGAAAAAGAGAGAAGGGCCGGGUUCGCCCCAGGUGUUCCUGGC